GUCUAAUCUAGUGGACGGGAAAGGACACUUCAAUAACAACACGGUUACUGAUUCAACCAUCUCGCUAGCCAACAUAAAACCGACGUAUUUACGUUUCUUUGGCAAUUCUUUCGUAUAUGAAUCUCGGUGUUUUAAACACAAUUAUGUUUACGUAUCUACUGGUUUACUUCAAAGUAAUUUGCUUGUUAACUCUGCAAAAAACGUGUUAAGUUUGAUACUGAGCCUAGCACUAGGCUUGUCGCUAAUGCUAACGUCCCUGACCAUGAGCUCUCUAAGCUACUCCCCUCCUGCUAAAGAAGAGGAGGUCUGCUGGUCGGAGAAAGAAGCUCUGGGGCUGAACAUUGUCGUGAAAGAAGAGGAGAAUAUUACAGUGAAAGAAGAGAAAGAACCCUUUGCAGUGAAAGUGGAAGAGGAGGCUAUCUCAAAAGAGGAGGAGGAGACAGAAGACCUGGUUAACAUCAGAGAGAGACCAGACUCUGACAGCGAGAAGAGUCCUUUAGGGGAACCAGACCCAGAGACGCCCAAACCAGCAGGACCACACCACUGCUCUCAAUGUGGAAACAGUUUUUCUACGUUAGGGAACCUAAAACGUCAUGAGAUGGCACACACAGGAGAGAAGCCUUUCCAAUGUUCCCAGUGUGAUAAGAGUUUUACCCAGAUAGGGAGCCUGAAAAGGCAUGAAGGAAUACACAAAGAAGGGAGGAAGACCUACCACUGCUCUCAGUGUGGAAAGAGAUUUACUCAGUUAGGGAGCCUGAAAACACACAAGACAAUACACACAGGAGAGAAGCCUUUUCAAUGUUCCCAGUGUGAUCAUAGUUUUACCCAGAUAGGAAACCUGAAUAGGCAUGAAGGAAUACACACAGGAAAAAAGCCCUACCAAUGCUCCAAGUGUGACAAGAGAUUUUUACGAUCACAGUACCUAAAAUCACAUGAGAUGACACACACACAGGAAAAGUCUUUCCACUGCUCCCACUGUGGAAAGAGUUUUACUCAGUUACGGAGCUUGAAAAGACAUGAGGACACACAAAUGAGAGAAGCCCUACCACUGAUCCCACUGUGGAAAUAGUUUUACUCAGUUAGGGAGCCUGAAAAUGCAUAAGAGAAGACACUCUGGAGGAAAGACAUACCACUGCUCUCAUUGUGGAAAGACAUUUUCCCAGUCAGAGGACCAGAAGUCACAUGAGAGAAUAGAGAGGCUGUGUUCUGACUUAUGUUUUUGACUGAGAAUUUGUGUUUUUGGUUAUGCCACAUUAAAUCCUAUUGUUUAUAAUAAAUCAGAGUCUAUUCCCUUAUGCAAUUUAUGUUCCUUUAACUCCCCUGAGUGCCUCUGUCAAUUCAACAGCUAUUGUAUGCAGCAAUCAUGUGCCUAUAAACCAGAAUUAUACUAUUAACACUGAGACGGUUUGCCCUCGUAGGAAGUCCACUGUGUGCAUAUCACCCUGCACUAACAUUAAUAACAUGAGCAUGUCUACUUCUCAAAUCAAAUUUUAUUUGUCACAUACACGUGUUUAGUAGAUGUUAUUGCGGUUGAAAUUGGCGAAAUGCUUGUAACAAUUCGAAUCUGAGAAAAGUGCUAGAAAUAGUCCACGUUAACACGUGUAGCCUUAGAAACAAGGGUCAUGAAAUCAGUAAGUCACUAGUAACAGAUAACAUUCAUAUACUAUCUCUGAAACUCACUUAGAGCAUAGCUUUGAUGAACCAAUGGUAGCAAUACAUGAUUACAACCUCUAUAGAAGAGACAGAAAUUCCAAUGUUUAUACUCAGUCAUAUUCCUGUUAAGCUCAGAGAGGGUCGGAUGUCAAAUGCUGUGGAAGUACUAUGGCUCCAGGUUCACCUGCCUCACCUAAAGCCCAUUCUUGUGGGAAGUUGUUAUAGACCACCAAGUGCUAACAGUCAGUAUCUGGAUAACGUGUGAAAUGCUUGGUAAUGUAUGUGAUGUCAACAGAGGUAUAUUUUCUGGGUGGCUAAAUAUUUACUGGUUUUCAUCAAGCUGUUCACUCAAGAAAACGCUUCCAACUGUAACUAGUGCCUGCAUCCUGGUUCAGGUUAUCAGUCAACCUGCCAGGGUAUUUACAAACAGCACAGUAAUGAAAUCAUCCACAUGUAUUGAUCACAUCUUUACUAAUGCUGCAGAAAUCUGCUUUAAAGCAGUAUCCAAAUCCAUCGGAUGUAGUGAUCAAAAUAUAGGAGCCAUAUGUAGGAAAACUAGAGGCUGGGCCUAACAUAGUGUAUAAGAGGUAAUACAAGAGGUUUUGUAGUGAUUCCUAUGUUGAUGAUGUAAAUAAUAUUUGUUGGUCCGUGGUGUGUAAUGAGGAGCAACCAGACGCUGCCCUUGACACAUUUAUGACAUUUCAUAUCCCAGUUACUAAUAAGCAUGCACCCAUUAAGAAAACGACUGUAAAAACUGUCCAAACCUUGUGGAUUGAUGAGGAAUUGAAAAAUGGUAUGAUUGAGAAGGAUGAUGCAAAAGGAAUGGAAAAUAAGUCUGGCUGCACAGCCAAUUGGCAAACCUAUUGUAAAUUGAGAAGUCAUGUGACUAAAACUGUACUAUGUACUACUGUACUACUGUGAAGAAACUGUACUAUGAAACAAAGAUAAAUGGGUCCCGUUUUAAAUGACCUACAGCUUAUAAAGGGUUCAUAAAUCCUUCAUAAACACUACAUGAAUGUGUCACAAAGCAUCUAGAACCUUAUUUCAUGCUUUAUAAAGGGUUCAUAAAUGUGGCAUAACUGUGUGACAUAACCACCAAUGUCAAAAUGUGACAUAACCCACUAUGUGAAAUAUGACAUAAACCAAUGCUUUAUAAAUGUCGGCAUUAAGCACCAAUUAAUAAAGGCUUUAUAAAUCAUAUUAAAUUGAGGCUUCAUAAAGCAUGUAUAACCCUUGUCAUGCAUCUUGGUAGAGCAUUGCAACACCAGGAUAGUGGGUUAGAUUUCCGGGACCACCCAUAUGUAA